UACCUACACACAUUAGCGUGACAUUAGCCAGCGUAGCGAGCGCGGUAUCAGUGAAAUUUGCUGUAGCCAUAGCCAGCAGUUUGUUCUUUUUCCUAGUCAGUUGACGUUUGGUCGAACCGUGUGAUCGCUCCGGAUCCGAACAGUACCAACACACUAGGCAAGUUAAGAUUUACACGCCGCUGCUGACACAUUUCAAUUGUACGUCGAAAAUGUCGAUUUAUCGUAUUUCAACGCGUAAGCUGCCCGAAGCGCAGAAAUUGAAUGGCCUUUUGGUGCGUUUCAUCUCUGCCGAUUCGAGCUUGCGUGAUGUGCUCGCUGCUAAAAUUCCAGCAGAACAGGAGCGUGUAAAGAAUUUCAGGAAGCAAUAUGGUGCCACCAAAAUGGGUGAAACCACCAUUGAUAUGAUGUAUGGUGGUAUGCGUGGCAUUAAGGGUCUCGUUUGCGAAACCUCCGUGUUGGACGCCGAUGAGGGUAUCCGUUUCCGUGGUCUUUCCAUUCCCGAAUGCCAAAAGGUAUUGCCCAAGGCCGAUGGCGGUGAAGAGCCAUUGCCCGAGGGUCUCUUCUGGUUGUUGCUGACCGGUGAUGUGCCAACCAAGGGACAAGUCAAGCAAUUGUCCAAGGAAUGGGCCGAACGCGCUGCACUGCCACAACAUGUUGUCACCAUGUUGAAUAACAUGCCCACCACUUUGCAUCCAAUGUCGCAAUUCGCAUGCGCCGUCACCGCAUUGAAUCACGACAGCAAAUUCGCUAAGGCCUACUCAGAGGGUGUACACAAGAGCAAGUACUGGGAAUAUGUGUACGAGGACAGCAUGGACUUGAUUGCCAAGCUGCCCGUUGUUGCCGCAACCAUCUACUGCAAUACCUAUCGUGGCGGCAAAGGCUCCAAAUCGAUCGAUUCCAGUCAGGAUUGGUCCGCCAACUUCGUCAAGAUGUUGGGCUAUGACAAUCCCAAAUUCACCGAAUUGAUGCGUCUCUACUUGACCAUCCACAGUGAUCACGAGGGUGGCAAUGUAUCCGCACACACCGUGCACUUGGUUGGCUCCGCUUUGAGCGAUCCCUAUCUAUCGUUCGCUGCCGGCAUGAACGGUUUGGCUGGUCCAUUGCACGGUUUGGCCAAUCAAGAAGUGUUGGUGUGGUUGCGUAAAUUGCAAAAGGAAUUGGGUGCCAAUCCAUCGGAGGAUGAAUUGAAGGACUACGUCUGGAAGACUUUGAAGUCCGGACAGGUUGUGCCCGGUUAUGGUCAUGCUGUGCUCCGUAAGACCGAUCCACGCUACACCUGCCAACGUGAGUUCGCGCUCAAACACCUGCCCAACGAUGAUCUCUUCCAAUUGGUAUCGAAGAUCUACAAGAUCGUGCCACCAAUCCUAACUGAAACCGGCAAGGUCAAGAACCCAUGGCCCAAUGUAGAUGCUCACUCCGGUGUUUUGCUGCAAUACUACGGCAUGCAGGAAAUGAACUACUACACUGUAUUGUUCGGCGUUUCGCGUGCGCUCGGCGUCUUGGCUUCAUUGAUCUGGGAUCGUGCCUUGGGUCUGCCCAUUGAGCGACCAAAAUCCUUGUCGACCGAUAUGUUGAUGAAAUUGGUGCAAAAGUAAAUGGAAAGUAAAGUGUGUUCAAAAGCGAAGAAACGGAGAAGCGGAUGAGUUGAGAUGUUGGGUAGGUAGGAGAUGGAGAGGCGGAGAGUUGGAAGUAAAAUAUGGAAAUAACCAAAAACUAAUACCUAAAUUGCAAAAUAGUUUUAUUUGAAAAUAAAAUAAAUUAGCCAACAGCGAAAUUAGUAAAUGAUGAUGAGAGCAAAUGCGUUUGGUUAAACAACGGAACAGAAGCAAGCAAGGAAAAGAAAACAAAAACAAAAAAUACUACACCGCAAACAACUUGAAACGCUUUUAAUUUUAACUUAAUUAUUAUUAUAUAAAUAAAAAAACAAAAACAACAAAAUGCGAGCAGAAACAACUAGCAACAACAGCAGCUAAGAAUAUCCCCAUUUGAAAACUUAUUUUAACUUAAGUAGUAAAAAGUUUAAUAAUAUGUAAGCAAAAUGUGGAUUUCUUUUAACAACAACAAAACAGCAACAACCAUUUUCGGGCACCAGCUCAACUAAGGCGUAUGAUAUUAAAUUACUUUAAAGUAAAUAAAUUGUUUUAAUUAAAUAAGUACAUGAUAACAAAAACAAAAACAAAAAAUAAUUCCCAAAAAUUUCACCUGCAUUAAAAGUGACGCAUUAAUUAUAUACAUACAUACAUAUAUAACUAUAUUAUGACGCGUAUAACAUACAUAUGUAUAUGUAUACAAAAAAAAAAAUAUAUACAAAAACAAGUAUCUUGUGAAACGGCA